UUCGGCAGAUUCUACCCGCUGUACCACAAUUGAAACUCACCGGUUAUAAUCAUGACCGAUAACGUAAACAAACGCAACAUCCCUAUUAAACUCGGCGACUUCAGCGUGAUCGACACAGAAUUUUCAAGCAUCCGUGAACGGUUCGACUCAGAGAUGAAAAAGAUGGAGGAAGAGAUGGCGCGAUUCCGCUCGGAUCUUAUGAAUCGAGAAACGAAUUUCUUCGAGACUACGUCCAGCUCUACAACAUCGAAUGCUGCUACUUCUAUGAAGCUACCACAAUCCCAAAGCGGAUCAGACAUUUGUUCUCCCCUGAUUCAGGACGAUGGUGAUGGUAAAGUGCUUAAGCUGCGUUUCGAUGUAAGCCAGUAUGCACCUGAAGAAAUUGUCGUGAAAACAGUCGAUAACAAACUCCUGGUACAUGCAGAACAUGUCGAAAAAUCCGAUACUAAAUCUGUGUAUCGGGAAUACAAUCGCGAAUUUAUGCUACCGAAAGGCUGUUUGCCGGAGAACAUCAAAUCGUCCCUUAGCAAGGAUGGCGUGCUAACGGUGGAUGCACCUAUUCAACCCGACACCUUGCUCGGUGGUGAAGCGAUGGUGCCGAUCGCGCACAACUAAUCGCUAA